UUCCACUAGACUUUUUUUUUUUUAUGAGGAUAUAUAAAAGAUACGGCUUAUGGAUUGAGGGUGCACCAAUAUGGAACGAAAUGAUUCUCAAUGUUUGUGAUUCCAUUGCUUCGCGUUAUCAGCAGUGCCUGGACCUGAACGGUCAUCAGUUUGAAAACAGGAGUUAAAGUUCCUCGUAAUUUUCGCUUGUUGGAAGAACUUGAAGAAGGACAAAAAGGAGUAGGCGAUGGGACGGUUAGCUGGGGCCUUGAAGAUGAUGAAGAUAUGACACUUACGAGGUGGACAGGCAUGAUUAUUGGGCCACCAAGGACAAACUAUGAAAACAGAAUAUAUAGCCUGAAAGUAGAAUGUGGACCUAAAUACCCAGAAGCUCCUCCAUCAGUUAGAUUUGUAACCAAAAUUAAUAUGAAUGGAAUAAAUAAUUCCAGUGGAAUGGUAGAUGCACGGAGCAUACCAGUAUUAGCAAAAUGGCAAAAUUCAUAUAGCAUUAAAGUUGUACUUCAAGAACUAAGACGUCUAAUGAUGUCCAAAGAAAAUAUGAAGCUUCCACAGCCACCAGAAGGACAAACAUACAACAAUUAGUUUCAGUGGAUCUCAAACUUGUCUUAAAUCAACAAUCUUCUACUCAUGUUAAUGUCUUGAUUAAAUAUCACAAUGCAAAAUAACCACACAUUAAGUAAAAGAACUCCAGCUGGUAAACAUGACCUGGACAUUUGUAAGAAUAUAUUUAAUAUAUGUACACACAUUUUGUUUUCAGGUAACAGGAGAAAAAAAUGCAGCACAAUUUUUUUAAGGCACUGUCAUUGAAACAAACCUGGAGUACUCAAAACAGAAUUCAGGUGUACAGAUAAAGCAUCGUGAGAAGUGUCAGAUAGCUGUGGAAACACAUGUGUUUCUAAAAAGUAAAAUUCUCAAGAAGGAAAAGGGGAAAUGGCAUGGUUUAUCCAUCUUGUUUAGUGAAAGAACUUCAAUUUAAAUUGUUUAAAGUAGCAGGUACAAUGUAUAUUGUCACAAUUUGCUUUAAUUUUUGAAGUGGUGUGGGUGCUGAUUACCAGUAGUAUCAAAAAUAUAUUCAGGAUUGUUUUGAUAACUGUAUUUGUAAUAAAUGUCAUCGGGAAGGUGAAUGAAUUUUUGUUAAAAGCUGUUUCUGUGUGUUACAUGUAAGAGACAUGGUAAAUAUUUGUUUAUAGUGUGACAAACCAUGCAUUUAAGUUUAAGUGAAAUCAGCAAAAAGGAAUAGGUGAAUGGGUAUGUGAUUUUUUCAGAUUAAAGUUAGUCUUAAAAUGUAAAUAAAAUGUGGAUCGUGUCCUCAGAAA